UCAUGCAUGAAGUGGUUUGAGCAACAAGAAAGUUAAUUCGUCAUGAUAAAGGACCCACUCUGACGCCUGUGGAGAUAUGUGAGACGUCGCUGGUAUAAAUUUACUUCGGAAUACCUGUUCGCACCAUUAGAUAUCUUGUGACGGUUAACGCAAGCAGUUUUACUAACUUUCCCGGAUCAUACCAUUUCAUUUUCUUCUUCUCAACUGCAGCUACUGAUUAAAAAUGGAAAUUAAUGACAACCGUCGGCAACCAACUCCAUUUGCUAUAAACACUGCAUUCUCUCCACCAUCGCCUGCAGUACAAUAUCAGCCACAAUACCAGCCACAAUACCAGCCACAAUACCAACAUGGUAUUGUUAUAGCCCAACCGGAACCAAUUCACAUUCCUGAUUUGACGUGUUUAGCUAUUUUUUCCGCCGUUACUUGCUGUAUACCACUGGGCGUCGCUGCUAUUAGUUACAGCAGGAAAGCAAAUCAAUUGGCCCAAAAUGGAGAUAGAGCAGGUGCCCUAGAAGCUAACAAAAAAGCAAAAAUAUUUAUUGCUUCAUCAAUUAUCGUUGGAAUUUUUCUUAUUGUAUGCAUUUUUGUAAUUUAUUUUUUCCUUUACAGACUAUAUUUCCUAUAAGGCAUGAAAUUUAAAAGAUUCAUAUCAAAUAAUAUGUUAUUACUUUUAUCUUCUUUUUUCUUCUUGUUUAACUCUAAUAAUGUAACAUAUUCUUAGGAAAAGUGUUUAAAUAUAUCAACAAAUGAUACAUUUCGUAAUACUUGAUAUGAUUUUUAAUAUGAAACAAUGAUAUAGAUUCUAAGCGGUGAAUUCUACGUCCUCAGUCUAAUCGCUACAAUCAAUAAAGGAUUAAUACCAUGCAAAUCUACAGAUUAUCUUACUCCUUUUGUGUCAUUCCAUCCAUCCAUUUUAGUCACUCAGUAUUAGGUGAUGCUGUUGCACACAUUUUACACGUCCUUUAUAGCAUUCUCAGGAAUAAAGUUUUAAAUUAUUUUAAACACAGUUGUUAAGCGAAACAUAUUUUUAAAAUGUUUCCUCUUUUCCAAAAUAUUGCCUUAAAUCAGCAUCUCAGUUUAGCACGAACUGGACACUAACUACACAUACAAUUACAAAACCAGUCACACAAUAAUUUCUCAAAUCUCUCUACACAUGUCGACGAAAUAUCUUAGAUAAUACUUUCUACUAUAGGCACGAGGCCUGAAAUUUUCGGGGGAGCGAGAUAGUAGAUUACAUCGCUUCCAUUGCUCUAACUUAUUUCAUCCAGCGAAGGGAUGAACGGUGUAGUUGACCCUGGCGGAAUUUGAACUCAGAAUAUAAAGACAAACGAAUGGCCACUAAGCAUUUUGUCCGUCGUUCUAACGGAUCUGACAUUUUGCUGUUUUAAUAAUAUUUUAGAUAAUGGUUGCUAUAAUAGUUAAUAAUGAAACCUCCAUUCAGAUAUUGGUUUCAAAUUUUGACACAAGCUCAUCAGUUUUAGGGGCGAUGUAAGUCAGUUACAUCCACCGCCAAUGCUCAAAUGGUAUUUCUUUUAUUGACUCCAAAAGAAUGAAUGGCAAAAUCGAUCUCAAAGAAAUGUGAACUCACAAUUGAUUGACAGACGAAAUGCUACUAAACAUUUUAUCCAGUGGACUAACGAUCUGCCAUCUUACGCAAUGGUUGUUAUGAUGUCUAAUAACGAAAACUGUGUCAAAUUGUUAACCACAAAUGUUGAGGAACAUUUCUCAUUGCUUUCAUUCAAAAAUGUUUGGAUUACUAAAGAAAUUGAUAUUUCUUCUGAUCAUGUCACAGAAUAGGAAGUGGAAUUCACAACAAAUUAUUGUAUUUUAAUUUCAUUUGCAGUUUGUAUAUUGGAAUUUUGCAUAUGCUAUUUGUUUCUAAAACUAAAUCUAAAAGUAGUUCCUCUCAUAAAGAUGAUUCUGUAAUUCGACUAAUGCAGUUUUUAACAAAAUAAUAACGGUUUAAUAUCUGUAAACACAUCAAUAAAUCAACUUCUAUAUUAUAUGUAAUUAACAUUCAAUGAAAUAAACCAUUAUUUUCUUUACUAAAAA